CUGGUGUCUUCGCAAGCACAGCACGUCGAUGGCAUGCAGCUGGGCCGAAAGAAAAACACAGGACUCAGACUUGACGAUGUUGGCGUGACACAGCCGGUCUCGGCAUGAGUGGCCUCCGACAGCAGCAGCCGGCCUCUCUGUGGGCAGGAGAUGCGGCUGGCCGGGGAAAGGUGAGCGACCAGUGCCUUUGGGCGGCGUGCAAGGCAAUGACCACGGGCCUGGUGCUCAUCGUGAUCGGCGCCUCGAUGGCCACCGUGGGCUUCUACUCGGACCACCUGUCCACCGUCGAGGAGCGGCGAGGAAACAGCACGGUGCGCGUGAAGAACGAGCACCGCGACCGGCACCUGGACAGCCUCACCUACCUGGGGCCCCUGGUCAUGGGCCUGGGCGGCUUCAUCAUCGUCGCCACCUGCGUGAUGACCUUCGAGGCGCGGGACACCUCGUCGUCGUCCGCGAAGCUCGUCUCGGCCUGGUUCAAGAGGAGCAGGUCGUACGUCGCCCCCAGGCCCGAGAUCAGCUGCCAAGGCACGAGCGCGAGCGACGCCUCCUGGGAACGGUUCCUGCCUAGCACACGUCACGACUCGACCGUGACCGAGGCGGAUCGGUCGGCCGUCACCAGCGCGCUCAUCAGCUUCAGCAGGAACCUUCAGAGCAGCUUCGAGUCCGGACGACUGCCAAGUGGCGCUGCGAUCGGGGGCGCGUCGUGCGGAGGAGGCGCCGCCGAAGGUUCCGCCGCGGGAAGCCCCCGCGAAAAGUUGCACCGGUGCCAGUCCGACCCGAACGUCGUCGGGCUCGGACUGGCCUGCAGCGGUGCCGGUUCGCCGACCUUCCGCGAGCCCACGUCACCGCUCAAGAAGCGCGAAGAGGCCGAGCGCGAGUGUUUCCUCAAGCCUCCUGCCAACCCUCAGCUCUUGAGACCGAGGCCGUUCAACCUGUCACCACACGACUACCGCAAGGUCGUGUCCGUGGACUGCGCCUCGCCUCCCGUCCUCGAGGCUCCCACUGGUCUCGGCGAAAGCCACCCAGCUCAGUCGACGUCCUCGCACGGCUCCAUGGCCAUGGACGUCUACUUGCCGGAAGGUGCGGUCACGCUCAAGGUGAAGGACAGGACAAAGAAGCACCACCACCACCACAACGCCGUCUCACCGCCGGGUACGGGGAGUAGGAAAGGAAGCAGGUCCUCCGCUGCUUCGAGCAGGAAACUGUCGAAAAGCGAAGUGGGAUCCGGCGACAGCUACUGCUCGACCGAGUCGGACACGUCGCCCAGAAAGUCGCGGACGUCGACGCCCCGUAAGUCGGAGGCCUCGAUGCGUCGCAAGUCGACGACGGCGGCGUCGACGAGCCCGCGUCACAGCCACAGUGAGGCGAGCACCAGCAGAGGUUCCGUCCUGACGGCGACCAAGUCGGCGACCAUGAAACGGCACCCGUUCACGAGGCAACAAGCACUUGACGCGCCCUCCGGCUCGAGUGACGCGUAGAUGCCGAUAGUUACCGGCUCGCCACGGUUCUACGUGACACGCACAAAAUGGACGGAUGUGAUUACGAAGCCUGCGGCUCGCCACGGUACCACGUGACACGGACAAAAACGGCAGAUGUUAUGCCGAAACCUGCUCGGCUGUGGGCUCUGGAUUCAAGCAUGGAGACCCAAUUGUACAUUUAAUUGGUAUAGAUUACGAAAUUUGACGUAUACUUUGCCAGAUGUCUAUGACUGAAUAUGUACAGAUGUCUGAAGCGAGCAAACGCUCUGCCAAUGGAUUGUUACGAAAGCUAGGUUGACUGGCAGAAGAAAUACGACGAGCUCAGAAAAAAGCGGAUAUAGGGCGAUGUUCUGCCCAUGAGUUUGUUGAUUCUUUACACUGCACUUGACAGCGUCCAUGGUCAGUAAAGAUUUCUUUGACCAGCAUACCGUAAAACAUUGACAACCGAAAAGAAACGCGAACAGCGCCGACAGAUGUCAAUGUCAUGGCUGUCUAUGACGAAUAAGUACGACGGAAAGCUAUCGCGAGGAACAAAGCAUUCUGCAUUUCUAGCCAACGUUAGAAUAUGUAGAUAUACAAGUACGUUUGGUAACCGUUCUGCUACCUUCUGAUAACCUCAAAUGGCCACCUUGAAAGUAAUUCUACUUAAACCCCCAACUCCCGCAGCUAGCAUGUGCAUAUCAAGUUCGCCACAAGUGAGCGAGUCUCUGAGCUGGAUUCCUGAGCCCACAACCGGCCAUCUUCUUGUGAGUGACGUGACGUGCGCGACUAUCGACGUCGGACUUCGCCCACGUGGCAACUUGUUUCAAGCACAUCCGCCGAGAGCCAGUUCACGCUUCACAUCCGCCAAAAACACAGCAGCAACAAGUUUGCGUGAUGGUGCUGCCCUGCGAUGCAUCCCAUGAUCCUUGUGCACGGCUUCAGAACCUCUGCGACGAAGGUUGUUCACAGUCACGAGCAGUGGUCAAACUGCUUAAUAGUGCAUUUUACUUUGUGCAGAAUUACGUUUAGAGCUCCGUGUCUGUUUUACCGCCACGUUAUAGUGUCAUGCUUACAUGUCUGUCAAUAGCACGACUGUCUCAAUAUGUAUAUCGUUUCCAUUAUGCGUCAGAUCUCAGACUCGGAAUGCUCUUGUCCUCAGUCCAAAGAAAAGUGUUGUAAUUUCUUAUCAUACGUAUACUGGCGUGAUCAAUCUUAUUAUCCUGUGAAGUUUAUGCACACUUUGCCAGAAUCAUUCUCGCACAAAUGUGAUACAUACCUCCCGCUGGGCACCUUGCGCUCCCAGGCGCUUUGAGUUCUGCUUUCGUGAGUCUGAGAUGGACAUGUGGUAGGUUGGUGCUCAAUAUUUUAAUGUGGUCAGGUGAGCUGCGUUCAAGAAUGACGCUUUUGGAUCUGGCAAUUCAAUGGUCACCGAGUGCUUUCCAAUGUUGCAGCGAAAAGAAUGAUAGAUUUAACAAGAAAACCUAUUGACUGGUACUCGGAUGAAGAGCUAUAAAUGGCAAAAAAAAAACAAGAUGUGUUGCAAUAUCACUCACUUAAGCGUCACAGCUAUUAGCGCAAAACGAAAUGCUGCAGACCUCUGAAUAACUUCACCUUUAAGUGUUCCCGUAAAGUGCUCAGAAUGUGCAAGCUCAUCGUACAUAACCCAAACAAGGUAAUGUAAUGUUGAAGCUAGAGUCACUAAAGAAAAGUAAACUUUUGUUGUGUAGUGUUCACAGAAGUGUUGCGAAGCAUUAUUGAAACGAGAUCUUUUGAUCAGGUUUGUCACUUCAGACAAAAAUGUGAGGUGAGGAUGGAAUCAGGAUGCAGAAAGAAGUCUCGACUAGGUCGAGUAGAAAUGAUAAUCAAACCCUGUACUUUUCAUGUGACUAUCAUAUCGCCAACAAAACAAACUCAGUUCGCAGUAUUCCGGUAACUUGCACCCGCCUUAGAUGUAGCUUUCUCCCGUUGCUAUUGUUGUCUAUUAUGGAAGAAUACGAACUUCAAAAUGGGUGGGAAAUGAUGAGGCAAAAGUUGAAGUCCGUAUCCCCCAACUGCAUAAUUUUUCAACAUCUUUAAGCAUCGCAUUAUUUAAUACUUCAAUUAUUCUUUUGCCGUGCAUCCAAGAUUGCUUUGUAGACAAACAGAUGUGGACAGGGUUUAGAGAUAGCAGCAAGUAGGAGAGGGUAAUGAUGUCUUUCAAACAAAGAAUGUACAAAGAACCGAGAGUUCACGACUAGUUUCUUUUUUUUGUUGUUGUUGUUCUUAUUUUAUAAACGCUAAAGUGUCGCAUUAGAUUUUUUUCUUAUCCCAGUGACCUUCUAGCGCUUACGAAUUACAUAGCUGACGUUAGCAUUGAGUAUCCUAGAAACACAGCUGCUCACAUUAGGUAACAUAUCCAAGUCAGUGUACAUGUAUGUCAGUGUCUUCUUGUCAAUUCGUGAAGCCUCAGGGUACGUGGUGCCUCAUGGUGCCUCAGGUACAGGGUACCUCAGAGGUGUGAGGAUUGAAAGAGUAGAAACUUGAGUGAUUUGAUAAUUCAUAACAAAACUAAGCACAGCGCGCAGGAAAAGUACGCAGAGAGGACGAGGACGCACACCAUCCUGACCAACAGUGCGCGUUCGGUUGCUAAGCAACGGCGGUUUCUUCGGAGUGACGGCGCGUAUGCGUAGAUAAUCUAUCUUUAAAAAGGCGCCUAAAAAAGUCCAGUUUGCUACUACUACUACCAACUUCAUAGGUAGAUGACCGGGUACUGCCGGACGAAUUCAGCUGCUCCAUCUACUAGUACAGACAAUUCACGUCAUUUCCAUAUUCCGUAGCUUCUUUGUCACUAAUGCCACUUUCCGCGGUCGUUGAUUGGUGAUGGCGUUUCUGACAUAAAACCAGCUGGCCGAGACACGUGUGAGGGGAGUCGGGAAUUGCGUGAGUGAGUGUGUUUUAACCCGAUAUAACCAUCUAUAUUACCUCUGCAGGUGUGCCAGUGACCAGUUUUGUUCUCUGUGGAGCUAAGUAAUGAAACAACAACAACAAAAAAAAACGAUGCAUAAAUAUUCACAUUCCAGGAAAUAUCUACUUUGAAGCGCACAAUUUCUUAAUUAAAGUCAACAUUUCUUUGCCAUCCUCUCCCGGGUUCUGCACGUUCGCUCGGUCGGUUGCUCGUCGAGUAAUGCGGGCCGAUCCAAGAGGCAGCGUAGUCCACGGUUCCGCGGGUCAUGGGCUACGGUCACACGGUGGAGUCACUGCAUAUCAGGCUACUCUCUUCCCGGAUGUGUGGCACAUUUGUCCUUGCUUUGCCCUUUAGGUGCUUUAUUCAGAAUGUCGCUCAUCGAAAUUCCAAAGCACUUCAAAGAUGCGGACGCUGCUUUUUUUUUUUCACCUUGGACUGGCGUGUGGCCCCCGAACCAGCGUUCCCGUGUGCUGGGUUUGCCCGCUGUAUAUUACAAGGCGUAAGGAUCUGCAAAAUUGUGCCCUUCAAAUGGCUCCCCCAGGCCCGAUUCCAGGGCAAUGCUUUGUAACUGCUUUCUCACCUAGCUGGGAGCCGGUCCAUGGUAAAGAAAAAAAUUGACGUGAAUUAUCUGUGUUCUUUGACAGAACAGAUGAAUUCGUCGGUCAACGCACGGUCGUAUGCCUACGUGCCAUUACUUCGCGUAGAUGCCACCGCUGCUUAGCAACGAAAUACACACUAGUUGGUCGAUGCCGCAUGUGUCAUUCUUCCCGUGUCCUAGUUUUCCACACUGUAGUUAGGUUUGAUGUGUAGACUAUGCUUGAACGUAUUGCAGUGUUUUAAUUUGCCUUCGUGCUCGGUUCAUGCCAGGCGUCUUCGCAUUACGAAUUGCCUAAGAAACAUUUAGUCGUCACCUGUACACCAGCAAUACCCGAAAUGCCAGAUACUUCGACAUUUCCAGUGCCUGUAGACGAGUGUCGGCAUGUUUUGAAAAGGAGGACUCGUAUCUCUCUAGCUCAAAGCUGUACAUUAGGUGCACGUUUCGUUCUGUAAUCAUUGCCUAGCACAAGUGAACACUUUUGUAUCCGGAGAAUGUCUUGCUUACUUCAUUCACAACUUUCUUCAGACUCAGAUGGCAGACAUCUUGAAGCACGGGAGAAGCCUUUAGUUGGUGAGGAAGGAGUACAUAGCUCUUGCUUUCAGGUUAAAUCAGUUUAUUAUUCUUCGAAGAAACGUUUAACGAGGAGGUAAAACAAAAGGCGUCAAUGCCUGACAUAGCCCCUCCCCCUUUUAUAAUGUAUCAGCAGCAUACAGAAAAAAAAACUCAUCACAGCUUUGACAAUUAGGUUGAAAAACAAUUCUAUUUAGAAGCACAGUACCGUGUGAAACAUGCUGUUAAUAUAAAGUAACGAUAAUCGUUCACCAACUUGCCCAAUCAGCCACCCUGGUAAGUUAAUGUGAAGUAUGCCACAGUUUUUGUUACAGAUAAGCUAUCAAUUUUCAUUCUACAGGGCAUGAUUCUACGAGUUUGACUGCCUAUCUUGUUUCAAAGCAGUACCACAGUACGCUACAAAACGUGUUAAUGUUGGUAGUAAGAUGGUGUAAUAUGUUUUCACAAGACACACGUGGCAAAGAAGAAGACACUCAGACCCGGCGCUACAUUUUAGGUUUGUAAUCGUUCAACGCAGGAAAUUCUUUACAUACCGGCAAAGCCGCCUGCAGUCCGAUCAGUUUUGGUAGAUAGAAAUCGGAGCACAAGGACAGGUACAAAAAUGAAUUUACAUAAAAACGCUUUUCAAAAUUAGAAAAAAAAAUGGUGUCAAAGGAGUCUUGGGACACUCUUUCAUGAAUGAUUCAUACCGAAGGCUCCGUAAAUAUUCUUACAUAGUUGCUUUGUAAGAUUGUGAAAAUUGAGAAACUUACAAAGUAGACUGGCGAGAAGUUACGUUUACGUUUAAACACGAGUGCGCUAUGGUUUCACUGCCUGCAAAAAAAUGCUAUUUGACAACAGCUCAGUAAAAUGUUUGCAUGAUUUGGAAAUGUGAAUUACAGCAUAUCAUAUUUUUCUUGAUGGUCAUUCAGAGGAUACGCACGAAGCACGUGCCCGAAUUCCCAGCUUCUACCGGGCAACCUGUCUGUGUCUUUUUCCAUGCUCUGUUACCAUGUGCCCAAGACACUGCUCUCCGCUGUGAAUCUUUUGCUAACUUUACUCAACAACUUCGGCUAUUUUAGUUCUUACGCAGAGAUUGCUUUUGGAACUUCUUUGUCGCAGGAAAUUCGCAAAGGACGUAACACUCUUUAGAAAGAACGUUUCAGUCUUGCGUGGAGAUUUUCACGAAUCCUCAAAGAGUUUACUGGAUGUCUGCGGAAUAAUGUCAGCUGGAAACUGCGCGUCGAACGAGUCGAAAUAUGCUAGGCAACACUGAAUAUGAGAUAACAGUUUUCCCUGUAAUUUGUACUGUUUGUAAUUUCACAAUGUGCGUUCGCGUGCUUGAUUCAGCUUGCCUGCCCUAAAUGGAGUCGAGAAAGGAAGUGGCAUCCGAUCAACACAAUCUCUACUCUCCCGAAGAACUCCAUAGUUUUCACCUCACAGCACAUAAGUUGGUUGUAUAAUCCACUUAUCCACGUAAUCCAGAUGACAUCUCACAUGUACGCAUAUGUCUAUUGCGCCUUCCUUUUUUGUUCGGUGGGCAUCUUACACAUGUUUUCAAAGCACAGAAUCCUCAACGGACGACUUUUAGCAAUAUAAAGACGCACUGCGCCUUGCCCUCAGCACAUGAAAAAUGUGAUUUUUGCCCUUGCCCCAAGUGUUCCUUCACCCUCUGCCUUUCAAACGUACUGUGAUCCAAGUGUGACCGAUGUUGAUCUCGUUGAUAGUACCAUCCACGCGCGAAGUGUUACGUAGACGUUUGACAGUACAAGAGACGAAGCGGGUCCGGCUUAAGCACCAUACUGUGAAUAGAAGAUUACACACUGAUGCCAUCCCCUCACAAUGCCCAAAUGACAUAGGUAUGUUUAUCUCUGCCUAAAGGGCAACAAAAUCUUAUUGCGAAAAACACACCACGAUAGGCUCACAUCCGAAACAUAAUAAUCACUAAUAUCGCGUUACGGCAUCACCAUUUUCCAUAGCACAUUUUAGUUUGCUGAAUACACGAGUGACAGUGACAGGUGGUGUCAUAAUCCACGCACCAGCGAUGGUCGCCUUAAGAAACAGAUCUCGAAGGCUAUGCUCUUGCGGGCUGCACGCACCGGAAGUGAUUUCGGUGCCAACAAACACGUCAUAGUCACCACGUUUUAGACACCCCUUAUCGCGAAAGUGAAGGACGAUGCCAAAACACUGGGAUUAAGGCUACUUUUGUAGCAGGCGACCAAGUCCAUUUCUACGAUGAGCUUAACAAUGUAUUCGAGCUGCCAUAAAUGACGUCAUUCUCUUCAGAAGAACGUCAGCCUACAUAAAGUAGGCACAUGGGUUGUACAUUUGUAACCCCAUGCCUCAAUUAUUAUUGGAACGUGCAAAACGCAUUGCACAGUGUUCAUGAAAUCUACAUGUGUCUUUGAAUAUACUCUUACGAUUGAUUCCACCGGUUUUUGUUGCUGCUAAUUUUCUCAAAAAGCACUUAGACAUAAAUCCUUGGCAUCAUAUUACUUCAUACAUUAGUACCAAUUAGAUAAGUACUUUACCCCUAAUAGGGGCCCCCUAAUUUUGAAUGUCUUACCUGUAUUUCGUAGAUGCGAAACGAUGCGGCAAUAGAAGAGAAAAAUAACUUAAUGAAAUAUGGCACUAAAACACGGUCUUUGACUAGCAAUGUGCCUUUUUUCCUAGUAUCGAAGUCCAUUGGGAUUUAUUUUAGAAGCAGGGCAUGUAUUCACAAGUCAGCUGGUAAGCUAGAUCAAUUGGUAAGAACAGUCAUCCGUUAAAAAGCAUAAUGAAGAAACUAUCAGCGAAGGUUGAAGGUGGAUGGGGGAUUUUACGAAACGAAAGUUCUUUACGAAUUCAAACCCAGGCCUUUUUUUUACAUAAUGGUCAGCAACAUGUUCCUAGAGUGAAAUACAUACGUGAAGUGGUAAAUGGCUCAAGUCCUUUUCCCCUACCGCGUACAGUAUAGUUUACUAUGUGCAAAUAUAAACACCUGUUUACAAUAAAUGUGUAACACAGCUGUUUGGACGUAAGGAGCAUGGGUGUCAAAACAAGUCACCCCCUUGAAAGCUGUGUAGCAGGUUUUACAAUGGCUACUGUCACAUCUCCAGCCUGAGUAUAUACACAUUACGUUGGCGAAUGCGUCGAAGUGAUCAAACGUUGCGAGUGGUCUCUGUACGUCUUUGUCCGAGACUUUGUUGCCAUGUACGUGUUGUAGUCAUGUAUCCAGGAAAAAAGAACCUUUUUUGCACAUCAUCAACCGAAUCCGUCGCACAGUGUACGAUUGAGAGAAGAAAAAUACAUUGUCAAUGGUUGCGUUACUCCUGGUGUCUUUUUUUUUCUAUCAGUCCUGUGUUUCUCUCCCGAUCAUUAACGAAUAGGGGAAUGACGAAUCAAAUAUUGCCCUAUUCGAUUUGGUUUUCGAAUCGAACAGUCCCUAUUUGUAAACACGGGUAUUUUUUCUGAUAGUUUUCGAAUAUUCUAAAGCGUCAACUGUGCUCGAUCAAGCAUAAUAUCGGACAAAAAAAAAAGCGAUAGAUUUCGUACCCAUGGCCAUAGUAGACAUAAAACAGGAGAAGUUAUGUAGUGAGGCACGCUACAUUGCUCAGGGAGCCAGUGUGUUCCAGCUAAAUCGCUGCCAUUCUUACUCACCAAUCAGUCCCGAGUAUGGAAUAAACUGAUAAUUUGCUCCUAAAGCAAUAUUAGUGCCUCUAAAAAACCGCUCUUCUCGAUGUGUUCUGUAAUGAGCGAAACUUGCUAACGUUGUGAAUAUACUAGGAUGCGAAAUUGUUUUAUAAGAAUGGUGAUAACGGCAGUUCGCUAUUCGGAAAUUUUUGAAAAAGUAUGAGGCGAAAAAAGAAAGCGUGGCUUGGUUGAAUAACAACUGUCACAAAUAAAUGAUUUUUAUACAUUUCUAGAGGCAAAGCGCAAACGUGAAAGCCACGUAUGCAUAUAAAUAAACUGAAUUAAAAAAAAAACCUUCCAUGCGAAUU